GCUCGUUCUCAGCUGCUCGAAUCCGCGACAGCUCAUUCGGAGUCGAGUAUUGCGACCAGUCUUCUACUGUCACGUGCAUACAUGUGCGCGGAACAUUUUCGAUCCAGUGGCCUUGUCCCACGCAGAGCCCAUGAGAAAAGUUGUCCUCUGUCCUUAAGGCAGAAGUGGGUCUAGCAACGCCGGCACAAGCUUCGAGCCAAAGAUUGAAAAAAAAAAAAAAAAUAGGUGCUACCCUCAUAAGCUACAGCCCCUCAAGAUUCUCUCGCUUCAUUCACCUCGCUUAGCCACCAGAUUUCCGGACAGGAAAAAUUCUCAAGACACCGAUCAUGAAGAGGGCAUCUCAACAGCCACCAACUACACACAAGUACCGUAAAGAACAGCCAGCAUGCAUUUCACAAAAUUCCUUCUCCACUUCUUGAGCUUCAUCCAAGGUAUCAGAGCGACCCCUACACCUGUUGGCGACUACACCGACUUUCAGGAAGACCACCACCUCCUCCGCCGCAACCCAUGGCCAGACGCACUAUAUCCACGCGUCCGUGUAGUCCGCUACACCGGCUGUCGCCACAACAUGACAAACUACGCCCACCUCCAAACCCGCGACAUCCAAAUUGACCGCUGCAUAACCUUCGACGCAGAACUCGACGCAGCCCACAACGGACGCGACAGAUGGCUCGACGAGCUCAAAGACAAGCCCCAUGUCACAAAAGAAGACGUCGAACGCGCAAACCACCCAGAAGAUUACAUUUUCUCCGGCCUCUACUGGCAAUUCCCCAGCGCGAAUAAAAAACAUCUCCUCAUGCCCAUGGAACGCUGCAACGUCACAGUCUUCUCCGAACCAAAAUGCAAACUCAACUCCCGAAUCGUCAAAAUGACCAACGAAGCCUCCGAUGUCUGCGUUCCAGCUAUCGGCGGAAAAUCUAUCUUUGUGGACUGCUACUCAUCAGACGAACUGAAAAGUCUCAACAAGGCUGGACUAGGCGUGACAGAUCAGUGGAAAAAUACUGCGAUUGUUAGAUACGGACCUGCGAAUGCGACUGGUCAUCAACAACAAUUUUUGCUGCCGCCGAUUGAUAAGAAUAUCAAUAAGACUUAUGAUUCGCAAAGCGAUGAGUGGCAGAGGACGUGUCAGGGGAGGAAGAAUACACAUAAGGGGAUCUUUAAGGAACGUAUCAAGAGGUGUGGCCGGAAACUUUCCCUUAAUGGGGACGAUUGUGAUUGGGACAGUUAUGGUCAUCAGUGGCUUGGGGACUUCGGUUUUGCUGAGAAGUGCUAGAGACAAGAUGGCGCGUGGCAAAAGGGCGAUAAUGGGAGAAAGAGCACAGCUCAUGCUUUGGGUUUUCUGAUAGUGGUAGCAGUGUCCGUAUUGGUGAAAUUACAGUUGGAAAUCAAGGCACAUAUCCCAAUCCACGACUGACAACGAUGCGGAUGCGCACUUAUGGCAGAAAUAA